CAAAAAGAGAGAAGGUGAACAAGGAGUCAGAUGUUUUUUGUUGGCGCGCUCCUUCAUCAAAAUCCAAAAACGUAUGACCAGUGACAUUAGGCUCAUUUGAAUUGAAACAGAAAACCUGUUGUGUGAUCUGAUUCCAGAGCAUCAUGUGGCCGGCCCUCCUAGUGUGUCAGCUUGUCCUGAUUCUCCAGUCAGAGGCUCAGAGUCCCUGCCUCACCCACCCAACAUUCAGAGACCCAGACAGCUCUGAUAUCACAGUUGUGUGUGGCACAAACAGGAUGGAUUUGCAGAUUUUGCUGUGCCCCAUGUACUUCUAUGGAUACAAUGAAUCCAUGGUGGCUCUUAAUGGUCAGUUUGGCAAACCUGAGUGCAGAGGAACCGCUGACUGGACCGUCGACCCACCUGUAGUGAAAUUCCAGUUCUACAUCACUGAACCAUACAUAUCUGUCUGCUCCAAUAAGCUGACGAUCACCGAAGAGAUCGGAUCUGGGCUGUUCUCAGACUUCUCCAGUGUUCAGUCUGUGAACAUCUCUGGAGUGGUCAAUACUCAGGACGUGAAUGCUGGAACCAUCACCUACUGGCAGGAGAUCAAAUACCUCUUUUCCUGUAGAUACCCACUGCAGUACAUGGUCAACAACACGGAGAUGAGUGUAUCUGGAGUGAGUUUGGCAAUUAAAGACAAUAAUGGUAGUUUCAUCAGCACUCUGAGCAUGGUUCUUUUUGAGGACUACACAUAUACCACUCGUCUCUUCAUACCUCCAACGGGUCUCAUGCUGAAAACCAGGGUUUUUGUGGAAGUGCGAGCCACUAAUCUCACAGAGAGGUUCAAUGUGCUUUUGGAUCGAUGCUAUACAACCACAAGUCCUUACCCAGGAAACAGCACAUCAUUUGACCUGUUUGUCGGAUGCAACCUUGAUCUGCAAACCAUAAUGGGUGUGAAUGGAGAACAGCAGGUGGCACGCUUCUCGUUCGAGACUUUUCGCUUUGUGGAGCACAGAAACAAGACGGUGUCGACGUUUUAUCUGCACUGCAUCACCAGGCUCUGUGAGAGCUCUUUCUGUAGAUCCUUACGGCAGAAUUGCACAACCCCCGGAAGGACGCGGAGGGCCGUCCAGUCAGCUCAGGGAACCUCAGUGAGUGACGUUGCCACGGUGAGCUCUAGGCCAAUCGUCACCAAAGUGGACGAACCAUUUGCACCUGUUGCUACAGUGUCUAAAGAACCGAAGCAGGAUGAGGUGGUGGGCAUCUCUGUGGCAGCAGGGGUAUUCGGAGGCCUGUGCCUCAUCAUGCUGGCUGUGCUCAUCUACAAGAUCCGCAAGGACAAGUUCAGUGCAGACAAAUCAAGCCUCUUCCACUGACAGCUCUCAAACAGAUACCAUUCUUCUCCACUGAGAUGGUUCGCUCACCACCAUGAAAGUUGUUCUCAUAGACACUCUAAAAAGGGUUUCUGCAUCUAGACAUGUAGUUUGGUUAAGCUCAAGGUUUAGAGGACAGGACUGGGAUGGCGAGUAGAUGAUGCCAUAAGGAAGAACAACCACUGGUAUAAAUAGGUCUGUGCCUUACAGUAAUAGUCUACUGAAUGGAUUAGAUGAUUUGUCAAUUUUUUUGCAUGCCAAUGUUCAUUAU